CUGGUGCUCAUGUCGGCCACCAUCAACAUCCGGCUCUUCGCCGACUAUUUUGGGGAGGCUCCUGUCAUCCAGGUCCCUGGGCGCCUCUUCCCCAUCACGGUCAUCUAUGAACCCAUCCGCCCUGAGGAAAGCAGCCGUGGGCGCAGGGAGCGACUGGGCGUGCAGCCCUUCCUACGGGUGCUUCAGGCCAUUGACCACAAGUACCCGCCAGAGGAGAGGGGAGACCUGCUCAUCUUCCUCAGCGGGGUGGCUGAGAUUGGGGCGGUGGUGGAGGCUGCACAGUCUUACGCGGCCUUCACCAAGCGCUGGGUGGCCCUUCCUCUGCACAGCACCCUCUCUGUGACCGAGCAGGACAAGGUCUUUGACCUCGCUCCACCUGGAGUCCGGAAGUGCAUCAUUUCCACCAACAUUGCCGAGACUUCCGUGACCAUCGAUGGGGUCCGGUUUGUUGUGGAUGCAGGAAAGGUGAAAGAGCUGAGCUAUGACUCCAAGGCCAAGCUGCAUCGCCUCCAGGAGUUCUGGAUCAGCCGAGCCAGUGCUGAGCAACGCAAGGGCCGGGCAGGCCGCACUGGGCCCGGGGUCUGCUACCGCCUCUACGCUGAAUCGGACUAUGACAAUUUUGCCCCCUACCCAGUGCCAGAGAUCCAGCGGGUGGCACUGGAUGCUCUGAUUUUACAGAUGAAGAGCAUGGGCUUAGGCGACCCCCGAGAGUUCCCUUUCCUGGAGCCGCCCCCUCAGGCCAGCCUGGAGGCCGCCCUGGGCUACCUAAAGCAUCAGGGUGCCCUGGACUCAGCAGAGGCCCUAACGCCCAUUGGGACUCUCCUGGCUCAGCUGCCGGUGGAUGUGGUGAUUGGGAAGAUGCUGGUGUUGGGGACGCUCCUGGACCUCGCUGCCCCCACGCUCACCAUUGCCGCCGUCCUCAGCGUGCCCUCUCCCUUCCUGCACAGGGGUGGGGGGCACAGGGACCUGGAGUGCCUGGCAGCCCGGCGAAGCCUGGGGAGCCCACUGGGAGACCCCCUGACCCUUCUGAAUAUCUUCAACGCCUGGGUCCAGGUAGGCAGGGCGCGGGAAGGGCCACAGGUGCAGCGUGAAGAGCUCGACGUGCCAGUCCUUCUCUUCCUCCUGUGCGGCAUCUUCCUCGAGAGCCAGAGGAGCGUCAGGUGGGAGGAUCUCCUUCCAGGCUUCUUUCCCAACCCAGGGCCCUCGUGCCGGGAUAUUUCUCUGGGUUCCCUGGAUCUUCUCUCGGCAUUUCCCCUUUGCUCUUUCGGCUGGGCAACUGGCACCCCAUUUGCGGCAGCAUCCUUCCAGCCAAGCUCCAUUCCUGCUCCAGGCCAGGGGAUGGGAAGGCCUUGCGUGGGGACAGAGCUGGGCCACGCAAGUCAGGCUUCCCUGGUCUUUGGCUGGCAGGAGAAAGCGGCCAAUUGCCGAGGAUCCCAGCGAUGGUGCCGGCGUCGGGGCCUGGAGGAGCACCGGCUCUAUGAGGUGGCCAAUCUGCGGCGCCAGUUUCAGGAACUGCUGCAGGACCACCGACUGCUGUGCCCCCCUGCUCGGCCUUGCAGCUCCUAUGCUCGACAGAGGAGGAGGCGGGAACACCGAGAGCUGCACAGACUCAAGCGGGAGCAUCAGCAGCGGGGGGGCCGCCGAAGGAAGUUGUUGCGGCUGCAGGAAGAGGAGCAGCAAGAGGGAGGAGGAGGAGGAGGAGGAGGAGGGCGCGCUUGUUCAUCUGGGGAAGAGGAGGAGGAGGGCAGUUCCUGCCUAGACAUUCAGGAUGUGAAUUUUCAGCUGCGGCAUGAUAUGGAGGAGCUGCAGGCGGCUGCCUGUGAAGGCCACGGGCUCUCGACUGGCCAGCUGGCUCUACUGCAGCUGGUGCUGGCUCGGGGCCUUUACCCUCAGCUGGCUGCCCCCGACCCUUUCAACGAGACCCGCAAGGAUUCGGAACAGAUCUUCCACACGAGAGAGAAAGCCGGCCUUGUCCUGCACCCAACCAGUGUCUUUGCUGAUGACCCAGAACUGCUGCAUUCGGGCUCCAAGGCUGAUGCCAAGGAGAGGAUGACCAGCCACCCCCAAGUCCUGUUCUUCGUCUCCUUGCUGGAGACCCACAAGCCCUACCUGGUGAACUGUCUCCGCCUGCCGGCACUGCAGGUGCUACUGCUUUUGGCCCGCUCUCUCGAUACCAAUGCUGACUGCACACGCAUUGUGGCUGACUCCUGGCUUGAGCUCCAGGUCCCCGUGGCAGAGGCGGCCGUGCGGGUACUCGGCAUUGCCCUACGCCUCCGGGCCUCUUGGGACAAAGUGUUGGACAGGUGUCUGCAAAGAUUGGCAGGCCAGGCUGAGGAAGAGAAAGAGACAGAGGCACCACCCAGCGCCUUAGAGGUGUGCCAACUCACACACGAACUGUUGAGCUUCCUGAAGACGGAGGUCCAGUACAGCCUCCGGCGAAUGACCCCGCUGGAGCAGCAGCACCUGUAUGUGGGCCCUCGGGUGGCGCCUGGGGAGGCUAAGGGGCUGCCCAGCUUCUUCCAGGGGAUGCAGCUGGUGCCCCACGAGGUGAAAGGUGGCUACAGGAUUGGCGAGUUCCUGACAUUCAAUUGUCUGGCAGGGGAGGGAGACCUGUACAGUGACUGCCUGCGCAGCUUCUGGACAUGCCCUCGAUGCGACCUCUACAUGCCCUUCACCCCUCUGGAGCGUGUGGCCCAUGAAGAGGCCUGCCGGUCUCCUGACCCUCAGGACAGGGAGCUUGGCCACAAAGGGCCCAGAAGCGGUGCGGCAGAGGCUGCCUCUGGCACCUCUGGCCUGCAGCAGCUCUACCACUGUGCCGUCUGCCAGGACAGCCUGCAUCUCACACCCACAGAAAUCCUGAAGCAUCAGAAGCAGCAUCGGGGGCACCUGUGAAAGGACCCUGAGCUGGUUCUCACUGUUGGAUCACUCCCUGGAACUGGCUGUGCUCGGAGGAUGAGCCCAGAAGAAGGCGAUGCUGGUUGCUCCCCAACAAAGAGCCGAGGUGGCGCAGUGGUUAGGGUGCAGCACUGCAG